AUGCGCAUCGCCUUCUCUUCUUCCCUGUUGGCCUUCGCCGCCACAGCUGCAGGUCUCCGUAUCCUCAGUCCAGCCAUUGAUCAAAAGGUGGAGCAGGACGACACCAUCACAGUCCGAUGGGAGGCCGUGUCGACCGAUCCCCCGAAGAUGGAUAUUUAUCUGGUCAAUCAGAAUGCGUACCCAAACACCCAAGAAGUGAUUGCUACAGGUGUAGACACCAGCCUCGGAAAGUACACCAUUAAAGCCAAGGAUGUUGGUGAUGUUGACACUGGUGGCGGUUACCAGGUCAACUUUGUGUCCACAACCGGUGGCGGCAUUCUGGCUCAGUCGCAGCAGUUCAAAGUGACGCCAUCUAAGGCUGAAGCCUCUAGCUCUGGUAAGAUGACCAGUACUGCUAGUGAAAGUUUAUCCACUUCUGCCUCUAUCUCUGCCUUCUUCUACUGCUUCUUCGAGCGCUACUCACACCUCCACCAGUGCGUCUACCUCUGCCACUUCUCCUUCAUCUACUGCUUCACCUACUUCUACUUCUGCCCAUACCUCAUCUGCUAUGACGAGUUCUACCAGUGCGUCCACCCCUGUUGCGUCUUCCAGUUCUUUCUCAAAAAACACAACCCCUUCAAGCACUGUGUCAGCCACAAGCUCUUCGCACUUUUCCAUGACUCACUCCUCUACAUCAGCCCAUUCCUCUUCCAUGUCGUCCACAAUGUGGACUUCCACAAAGAUGCCCUCUUCUACUAUGUCCUCCUCUUUUGUGUCUUCCACAAAGACCCCAUCUUCUUCUAUGUCAUCGUCCUCUUUCUCUCGCACUCCUUCUUCGUCUCGCACCCGAGCUCUUCCACUACGGCCUCCAUGGAAACGUCAACUACCACUAAGCAUGAGAAGACCGCGACUUCCACAGAGAGCGCAUCGGCUACCAGCACCUCGAACGCAGCUGGCUACCUGAUGCCCCCGACCCAGGCCGGUGGCCUGCUGCUGGGACUCUUUGCUCUGGCUCUUUAA